AUGACAACUUCCAUGGAUAUGGUUAAUAAGAUUAAUCCUGAGAAGGAAGCAUGGAACCUCAAAGUUAGGGUAAUUAGGCUUUGGACUGUUCCUACUUUCACUGGUCAGCUUCUCCCAAAUUCCAUGGAGAUGAUUUUGGUUGAUGAAUCGGGGUGCAAGAUACAAGCUACUAUUCGGAAGACUAUGAUUUACAGGUUCAAACAACUUCUCUCUGAGGGUCGAGUAUAUGUCAUGAAGCUCUUCUCUGUUGUGCCAAACCAAGGAUCUUAUAGGGCCACUAGGCAUCAGUUUAAGUUGAUUUUCCAAUUCAGGACCACUGUCAGGGAUGCUAUCUGCGGUUUUAUUCCAAAAUCUGCUCGUAAAAUCUCUCCAUUCACUGAACUUUUGGAAACCAAAGAGGAUUCUGAUUUCUUAGUUGAUGUGGUGGGUCUGUUGGUCUCUGUGUCGGAAGAGAAAGAAUAUGAUAAAGAUGGAAAGAAGAUGAAGAUGGCCGUGAUGGAACUUGCUGAAAAUGAGUUAGGGUUCUUUAAUUUCUACCUCUUCCUCUUAUUGAGAUUCUUUUUUGUUUUCGGUGUGUUUGUAUAG